GAUGUAGUACAGCGUCGCUUUGUCGUAUGUUGUAUGUAUUGGAGUAAAAUUAAAAUCAUAAUUUUGAAUACUUUACACAAAUUAUGGAUGGACUCCCCUUCCGACAUCAGAAUAUGUCUCUUUCCACGGAAUAUGAUUAUCAGCAAGCAAUGGCUCAACACGCAGCUGCCGUCAAUGCUGCCAACAGUUCAUCUCUACACUCAGCAAUGGCUCAGAUUCCAACUUUGCCAGCAGCUUUAAACCUCACUGUGAACUCUGUAAAUCAAGGUUACUCUUCAUCUGGUUUGGGCAAUAGCAAUGCGUAUCAUUAUUCCUAUGGUUCUUUGGCAUCUUCAGGUGGUGGAAGUGGCAGUGGAAAUAGCGUAGUUGGCCAGCAUCAUGUUGGACAUGUAGGUCAUCACCACCAUACAGGUGGUGGUAAAUCAAAAAAGAAAUACAAGUUAAACAAAGACGGUGUUCCUCCUCCUAAAAGAGCAACUACAGCAUAUAUUCACUUCACACAGUGGUAUAGAGAAGAACUGAAACGAAGUGGGAGGGAAAUACCCAAGAUUGGAGAAUUUGGAAAAGAAUGUGCUGCUAAGUGGAAUGCUAUGAAUGAAGAACAAAAAGAACCUUUUCUAGAUUCAGCAGCAAGAGAUAGAGAACGCUAUAAACGUGAAAUGUCUAUCUAUAAACCAGCAAGAGAUGCAAAUAAACCGAAGCGCCCUGGUACAGCAUUUAUGAUUUUCAUGGCUGAUUUUCGAAAAGAAAUGGCCGGAAAGGAGCCAGAAGGUGGAGUUGCAGCCAUGGCAAAACUUGGUGGAGAAAGGUGGAGGGGCAUGACAGAUGAUGACAAACAGCCUUAUGUAGAACAACAAUUAGAAGCAAAAAUUCGCUAUGAGCAUUCCAUGGAAGAAUAUAGGAGAACACAAAAUUUGGAAGCUCAAUCACAAGCAGCUAAAGCAAGAGCUGCUGCUGAAGAGGAAAAUAGAAGUAGUCCGGAUAAUUUCAUGUGUCAGCAAGGCAACUCACAGCAGCAGCAGCAACAACAACAGCAGCAGCAGCAGCAACAACAACAACAAAUGACUCGUAACCAGCCGACACCUCCUUCUGGAUGUUCAACUCCAGCAUCCACUGCCUCAUCGCCGGCUGCACAAGAUCUCAGUUCCAGCCCAUCUGGUUUAAAUGUCCCGACAUCCUCUGUGGCUUCCACCUCUGGAGCUAAUGUUGGCCCCUUACCCUCAUUUUCCACAUCUCUGGCAUUGUCACAUCCCGGCCUUUCAAAUCCUCAUGCCACCUCAUUAGCUAUGACAUAUGCACAGUAUUCUUCUCUCCCCAGCUUUGCCCAUGCUGGGGUUUUGGCAGCAAACUAUACUCAAGCGCACUCUCACGCGAGCACUGCGGCUGCCCAUUUGCCGACUUCUACUUCCACCUAUACUCCAGCUCAUAUUCAAGAUCCUUACAGGUGGACCUAA